CGAUCAGUGUGGUGUGUGUCGCGUUGUUGCUCCGGUGGAUUUUUUUGGUGGUUUGUUCCUGCCUGGGACGUACGCGUACUUUUUCAUUUGGGUUUCCCGGAGUCGACGCGGUGAUCGAACCAGGGGGCUCUUGAACGGGCCCAACGGAAACCGGAGGAAAGAUGCAACCGAGGAUAUACUGGAUUCUGAUCAGCACGGCCGUCAUUCUCGCGGGAUGCAACGCCGCUACCGAGAAAGAUCAACACGAGAAAGAGAGGACGGUGGGAGGAAGUUCGACGUACAAUCCCUUUUCGGACGAUCUCUACCUAGACGAUCAGGACCCUUCGGAGGGUUCUGGUCGAGGUGGCAGCGAAGGUCACGACGACCUUGAAGCAUCCGGUAGCGGCCUUGGCCCUGACGACGAGGACGGCGACGACGAUCACGAUUUCAGUAACAAUAAUAGGAUAGACCCGGUGCACAAUAGGCCGACAGAGCCCGAGGCACCAUACUCCGUCGAUGAACCGAGUGUCAAAACUAAAGAACAGACGAUCGUCGAGACUGUAAACCGACCCGACAUCGAGGUCGAUGUAAUCGUGCCAUCAGGUGUCGAGGACGACCACUCGGACAACACCGACGAGAUAGACGAAGUUUACAUCAUGAAUCCGAAACACGAGGACCGCGCCAGCUCCUUCUUUGCUCAGCCAGGUGUGCUGGCAGCGGUGAUCGGCGGCGCGGUGGUGGGGCUGCUGUGCGCGAUCCUGGUGGUGAUGUUCAUCGUGUACAGGAUGCGCAAGAAGGACGAGGGCUCGUACGCCCUCGACGAGCCGAGGAGAUCACCGGCGGCGCAGGCGUUCCCGAAGCCGGGCGCGCCGCAUCACAAUCGAGAAUUCUACGCUUGAGGCGACAAAGCCUAAACUGGCUUUGACACCGCCGAGUUUUGCCCCACGAUGCCACGCCGAGAAAGACGAUGUCCUUCGACCGAAUUAAGCGCCACCGACGCCGACGACGCGACGCGACCGCGGAAUCUCCCACGCGGGUCCCGCGAGACGUCUCCGUCGACCGGCCACAGGGAGAUUCCCAUCGCGGGGAACCACCGUCACCGAUAACCUUCCGUCAUCCUUCGAUCGACGCGCCCCCUCCCUUUAUUAUUCUUCCUUUAUCUUCAACACAUUCGAUAAUUAUUUGCACACCGUUUUUCUUCUAACAAUCCUUCCAUCGAUGAUGGAACUUUUCAUCCGGAUCCGUAUCCGUCUCUCUCCCCUCCCCCGUCCCCGUAGAAUCUAGCAUAUAUUUGGCUCCCUUCCGUACACGAUUAUCGUUGCUGAUCGAAGGAGGAGAAGGCGAUGGGUGAUAAACUGUCCCCAUCGAGUCCUCGUCGGCAAGGUCGCGCCAAUUCCAAAUGCAUUUACAGCGUAUUCAGAGCGUAUAUGUAUUUAGGCGUAUGUAUACGCCCACCUGCAAAACUACCCCGAAUCCCCCUGUACAGGACUGAGAGCGCGAAAAUUCGUGGGCGAUAAACGCUGCUGGUAUAUCGUUAAUCAUUCUGCCCCGGUGGAAGGAGGGAAGGAAGAAGGAUCGUUGCGCCACCGUGAUUUCUCUACGACGCCAAUCCCGCGAACCGCGGCCUCGUUUAUCAGCGUUCCCUCCUGCUCCUAUAUCCUUUUCCAGCUUUCUCUUUCCUUUAUCGUUUCUUCGUUCAACGGGCACGCCUAACCUAACCCCAGGCCCGACUCGUGGGUUGCGUCUCUUUUUUUUUAACACUUUGACCAGGUCGCUUGACCCGUCGACGCGUUUCCCCCCUUUUUCGAGGUUGAUUCCGUGGAAUCUCAUAAACACUGCUUGAAUUUUACGUGGCUCGUCGGCGAAACGACAAACGGAAUGUAACGAAAUUCUAAUUUAAACGCGUUUGAAAGCCUCACAUUUUGUAAAAGACGAGCGAUCACUUUGGGAACUGCACUUCCCAAGGUCACAGUCCGUUGGUCUUUUAGACAGUUUUGCAGCGUAUACGCGAUCGACAGUUUGUUCGUAUUCGAAAAAAAAGUAAAUGUAAACGUUUUGAAGGGUUUCUCUUGGUCGACGACUACGCGCAAAAGAGGAUAGGUAAAAAUUUUUAGCUUAAGGUAUUCUUAAUUUUUUUAAAGAUCAUUGUUAUUCCUAAGGUACGAUGUAGCGUAAUUCGUCGGGUGGAUAGAAUAAUAUCUUUCGAACGGUCGCAACUUUUGCUGUUUCCGGCGAACCCGAGACGAUGUGGAGACACGUGUUCGGUGCCGGUGAUCGGCAAAAGUUGCGAAAGAUCAAAAGUUAGGCGUUCGAAAAUCAACGGGAUAUUUACAUUUUUGUAUUUUAAAUCACGUUGGAUCGAUUCUUUGUUGGCACAAAUGUAAUCGUAAUGCUCCCGUAGCAAAAUACUCUCAUCGUUAAAAAAUUAUUUAUUUCUAAUUGUGCUAACGAGAUAAACCUAUUUAUCUUCUUCCAACAAUUAUGCUUGAAAUUUUGUGCUUCUGUCUACGUAUUACUGAUUUCAAUCUGUUCGUUUUGUGUCUUUCGGUUAAGUACGUAGAUAACCCGCGUUUUUAAUCCAUCCAUACUUUAGAUCAGUGUUUCCCAACAUAUUGCAUUCGUCUUUUCUCUUUUAUUCAACAUUUUUCAUAACUUGUUUAACUGUUGUGUUAGGGAGAGGAGGGCAUCAAAAAGAUCCGGGAAACACUGCUUUAGACGAAGGAUAAUAUAUAUAUAGGGGUUCUUGAAAAUCCCUACAUAAUGUAAGGGCAGAACGUUUGUUUCGUCGAUGAAUUUUUGUAUAUUUCUAAAAUUAGAUAUUCGCGCGUUUCGUUGUUACAUUAGAAAAAAAACGAAGGAAAGAAAUGAAAUGCUGGCACGCGAUAAGGGUUGAACCGGAGCCUCGAGGCGGAAGCGUGUUUGUCGAAAACGGUUGUGUCCCGAUUGCCAUGCACAUAGUGGAUAAAAACUCAACGUGCCAUUUUAAGCACAGUAAGCAACAUUACCCCGCGACAACGUGUCCCAGAUAUCGUUCCCUUCUUCCACCCUCUGGACUAAAGAACAUCUUUGUAAUCUUAAAAGAGAAAGGCUUCUUCUGCUGGUCGACAGAGAUUCUAUUUGCCAUGAAAAA